GCCACGGACGACGACGUGGUUGUCAACCCCGUAGACCACCCCGAGAGCCUCAAGGACUGCGAGUUCAUCAUGCUCGCGGGCCUGCCGGCGUGCGGCAAGACAUACUGGGCGCAGAAGCACAUGGAGGCAAACCCGCUGAAGAAUUACGUCCUUCUUGGUACCAACGCUGUCAUCGACCAGAUGAAGGUGAUGGGCGUGGGUCGGCAGAGGAACUACGCGGACCGCUGGCAGGAGCUGAUCUCCCAG